AUGUCCAGCUGGACGACCAAAGACAUUCCAAACUUAACCGGAAAGGUUGCCAUGGCUGCCGGAGGAACACGUGGGAUCUGUCUCCACACAGCGAUCGGAUUGGCCUCGGCCGGAGCGGAGGUCACAAUUCUUGGAAGCAAUUUUGAACAUGGGGAAAACGCUAUAAAAUUUAUAAAGGAAAAAGUUCCACAUGCAAAACUAACUUAUACUCAAGUCGAUUUUGCUAGUCUGAAAGAAAUUGCGGAUUUUGCAAAGAAUUUCAAUAAGAACCACGUUGGACUUGAUAUUUUGGUGAAUAAUGCAGGAAUUUACACACACAACCCUUUGCGAAAAACAUGUGACGGCUUCGAAUCCACUUUUGCGGUCAAUCAUUUAGCUCCGUUCGCCUUAACGGCGCAACUACUUCCAUCACUUCGAAAGAGCGCGUCGCCCAGGGUUGUCAAUGUAUCGAGUUUGUCCGCCUAUUAUGCGAGGAUCUGGUUUGACGACAUUCAAUUCAAGAAAUCCACGUGGUAUCUUCCCACUCAGGUUUAUGCUCAAUCGAAGUUGGCCAAUCUUUCUUUUACUGCGGAGUUACAGAAGCGGAGUGACUUCAAUGGGUGGGGUUUGACGGCCGUGUCUGUCAUGCCCGGGCUGGUUCGGACCACCUUACUCGAAAUUGAAGUUGAUCGAUACCAUAUUUUUGGUCGUUUCUUCAAACUGGCCGUGCUUCCCUGGAUUUCGAACAGUGUGGAAGAAGGUGCGCAGUACUCGCUCUUUGCGGCGACAUUUCAGAACGUCUCGCCAGGCGCGUUGUAUGGUCCGCCUGGAUCGUAUUUUGCGUACUGUGGCCCAAUUAGAAAAAUUUGGAUUCCCUGCGAGGCCACAGACCCGGAAAUUGGGGAAAGCUUAUGGCUCCUUUCUGAGCGGAUGACACAAGUGAAAUGGCCACGAGGAUAAAAAUAUUUAAUAAAAAUCCAUCUCAUGUGCUACACAAA